AAAGUUCGCAUGUGUACUUGAUGAUAGAUGUAAAUCAAGGCUGCUUUAUAGAAAGAGGUUCUUUAUAUCUAUUCAUUAAGACAGUAUUGCUAAAUAGUUCCCAUAAUACACUGUUUUAUUGAAUGUACAUUUCUUUUUUCGUUGAUGUCAGUUGAAGUGGUGUGAGUAUACAAACAAAGGGAUAUUAAAUAUUGCUACCGACAAUCGUUCAUGUGUUCAUGACACACAUCUGUUUGAAUGAGCUUCAGAGAGUGUAUGUGUGUGCUUUGUUGAGGACCUAAUUGAGAAUUCAACAAAAAAAUAUCCAUACGAAUAUAGCAACCAGCAUUUGGAGCAGUUAAUUCAUUGGAUUAUGUAAAGUAAAAUCACAAACUACGAGCCAUCUAAAACCUACUGACAGUGACGAUAGCAGCAGUGAAGAAGAAACAACGGUAGAUCUGGCAAAACAGCGCCGACUGCUUCGAAGUGUUUUCGACCCGUUACAGCUUUAUAACCAAGCAUUUAAGAAAAAUUUUGUGUGACGAAGGAAAUUUUCCUUGACAUUCUGGCGGAGAUCGAGCCCUCCGAGUAUUUGUUAUUACUAAAGGUGUAUGCAAAAUUAGAUGUGAUAAUUUCAUAUGCGUAUGCUGUUGGUUGUUGAAGCAGCCACUCACUGAAGAAGUUGCUGGAAUCCAAUGCUGUUGAACGCAAACCAGGAUACCAUAUCUAAAAAUGUCUGCUGAAUCCCAACGAAGCCGUUUAACGAAUUCUGCUUGUGAAACCGGUAUCAACGUGGUGCGUUGCAUGCCCAAAAUUGUACCUCCACAGACAGUCAACGACCGAUCGAUCAUAGAUAGCGUGGCCGGAUUUAUCAAUGACGUUACAUUGCAAGGACAGGCUCCGCUAGGUGAUAGUAAAGAUCAUAUUCUAUGGGUUCGCUUUGAAAACGCAGCCGACAUCAGUGAUCCAUCAUUGGGUGACGAUUGGGAACUGGAUGGUGGAAUAGCACCUCCGUUGCUUUUGAUAUUGGGCUAUGUCACUGGUGUACAGGUUUGGGUCGUACCAGCCAAUGGGGAAGCUUCGGAAGUAUUAUCUUGGCGUAAUGGAAGUGUUAAGUGUUUGCGCGUGCUACCUACACCUACGUCUAGUGAUCAUGAUUCGAUUACAGAACCGACAGACCAGUUCACUCACAAGCGCCCUUUAAUUGCACUUUGUGAUAGUGGUGCAAAUGGGAAUGGUGCCAGCGCAGGAAUGGCUACUUCCAAUGAUAAUUUCCAGUAUUGUGCAGUCAACUUUAUAUCCCUUAAGGACGGCGAAACAGUGAAAAGCAUAAAAUUCAAAAGUAUAAUUGUGGACAUCUUAGCGAAUCGUUCUUCAAUUGUAGUUACAUUUCCUGAGCGAAUAGCCGUUUUUGAUGCUCGUACAUUAGAAGAUCGCAUUACAGUGACGUCUUGUCACCCAAGCCCGGGACUUAAUCCAAAUCCAGUUGCGCUAGGGUCUCGCUGGAUAGCAUACGCGGAGCGGCGCCUAAUUCCAUCCAAACGCUCAAGUGGAGGCUGCGAAGGUGAUGGUGUCACGAGUUACACUGCAACUGUUCUUAAUGCAGCUAAAAGCUUUGGCAAAGGUCUACGCGAGUUCAGCGAACAUGUUGCGGCUGGAUUGACUGGUAGCCAUCUAGGCUCUUCUUUGAGCUCUAAUCUGGUUGGUGGAGGCAGCAGUUCCAAUUUAGGUGGAGUUGGCGCAGGUUUAGUUACUGGAAGUAAUUCUAACUCCGCAAGCGAAACAAGUGGAUUAAUUGCUGGAGGCAUCGUAAGCGGUGGAGGGAUUAUUUCCGAGGGUAAUCAAGCAGGCGUUGUUACAGUUUUGGAUAUCAAGCAUCCUGUCAAGGACGUAAGUCCUACUACAGGUGCGCCAAUUACUGUCUCUGGUAGUGACCCCAUCGUUGCUCAUUUUAUUGCUCAUUCCGAAGCAAUAAUCGCUUUGGAAUUUGAUGCAUCUGGUAUGUUACUUCUUACUGCUGACAAACGCGGGCAUGAUUUUCACGUGUUCCGAAUACAACCUCACCCAAGUGGAUCGUCGCUUGCGGCUGUGCAUCAUCUAUAUGUAUUGCAUCGCGGAGAUACCUCUGCUAAGGUACAAGACGUUGCAUUUUCAUGUGACUCUCGGUGGGUGGCAGUAUCCACGCUCCGCGGUACCACUCACGUUUUUCCCAUAACACCAUAUGGUGGACCAGCAGGUGUGCGAACGCAUGGCUCUCCUCAUGUCGUGAAUAGAUUAUCCCGAUUUCAUCGAUCAGCAGGACUCUCGGUUGAAGGACGGUCAAGCAGUCCCGUAUCGUACUCCGGUGAUACUGCAAUCGGUUCUAAUAAUGUGUCUGCUGCGAUGGCUUAUUCAAACCCUCGCUCUCCUCCGUUCCCACAUCCAACUAUAAUACAACCGCUUGCACAAUUGAGACAAUCUACUAAUUUGAUAGGAAGCGGGGUAGGAGCUAACAUCGGAACCUGUGUCUCUAAUGGCUCAGGAUCAAGCAAAUCAAUCUGCGGAGGUCAUCUUGCCAAUCAUCAGAGACAGCGUAACUCUUCUUCAUCGUCAUCAGAUGAUUCUGUGAAACCAUUACGUGUAUGCGCCACCUUUGCAAAGGCUCGCUCGUGGCUGCUCGAUCUUCCUGGUGGUGUGUUGCGUGACAUUCCUGCCCAUCGCAUACAGCGCAAACCAGUUGAUUCAUUGUUCAUCAUGGCAGCACAUGGAGCUUUAAUUCAGUACGACCUGGAACCCAAGCAUGCAUCAGGGACGCCAAAGGAGAAAGUAUGCGAUGAUACGGCGAUCGAAUUAGAGAUAGAAGCUAAAGCACAAUGGUGUCUACAGCGCCAAGAAAAUGCAUCUGUUGCAGAAAUUCAACCACCGCUUGCUCUGGACAACUGGCUCAUAAAAGACCAAAUUAUAGAAGAAGAUAAUUCUGGCAAAAGACAAAAUACUGGAUCGAUGCAAGAGUAUGAUCGCUCACAACAUUCACAUCAACGUGAAAGUACUCCUGUAGAUCACGAUGAUCGGUGGUUGUCGCAUGUUGAGAUAAUAACUCAUGCUGGUCCGCAUCGUCGUUUAUGGAUGGGUCCGCAAUUCAUGUUUAAAACAUAUAGUACACCGAGUGGUUCCCCGUUGACCUCUAUUGACGCAGAAGCAGUAGAAAUAGGUACCAAUACCAGCGGUAGUAGCGGUGCCAUGUUGAACCGGAUACUGCAACGAUCCCAUCCAAUGAAUAUGCAUUCAGUUGGAGGUAUGAGACCUUUGGUUCCUGUACUAAUUGAAUCUGGAUCAUGUUUAGAUGGUUUUGAGCAAAGUCCACGAAUAAUGAAUAUGAACGAAUUUCGACAUCACGAAAACCUGGGCACCGAGUUGUUAUCAUCGUUAGGUCCAGUAGAAUCACAAUUACGCGAAGAUCUUGCAGAUGCUAUGCGUGAAUCACCUCUUAACUCUACUAGGAAAGAUACAACAGGCAACCUUUCGGAAACUGGUUUGACGUUUGACUGUAACCUCAAAGGGCAAGGAUGUACUAAAUGGCAAGAACAACAUCACCAAUCAACAGCUCUGGAAAAUCAACACACAUCGUUUAAUGCUACUGGUCUUUCGUCCAUGUCAUCAUGUUCAUCUACAUCCAUAUAUUCAUCCACACACUCGCUGACUUCUAUCUGUGAUCAUCAAAAUCAACAAGGACUUCAACAGCAAUAUCAACAACAGCACCAUCAAUACCAGUGUAGUGGGAGUUGUAGAUGUAAGGCAUUUGGGAAUGAACAAUGCAUUGAAAGUUUUUAUGAGUGUAUGCUUCAUCCAGGUUCUCCUAAUAAGAAAGAAAAUAUCCACAAAACUCAUGGACAAACAAUGCAAAAUAUUAGAAAAUCUUGUCCAAAUGUGAUUUAUUGUCAGCAGCAACAACAAUACGAAAAUAUUAACUCUUUUGGAUCCGAUGCGGUUUGUGUAGAGAGAAAUAAAAACCAAGGUGCAAGCAUUACAAUUGCUAAAGUAGUCAAUCCUCUCGGAACAGUUACAACAAUCAGCACCGUUGGGACUAGAUCAAUUACCCCAAACAGCAUCAAACCAGACGAUUUUAUGCAAGAAUGCAUCGAAUCAUAUCUUCAUGAAAAUUGUGAUGAAGCACUCUUUCGCCCUGUAGUAACAGUACAUUAUGAUAACGUGCAAUCUAGAAAAAUACCGACACAGGAGAUUGACAUGAUGGAAAACCGGUCUAACAUAUACCAUGAUACGUCAAUAAAUAGCAUUGAAUGCAGUAGUGUUGAUAGUUGUGAUAAAGGAAAAUUCAUGUUCAGGGGCAAUGAAGAACAAUCUAAACAGUCAGCAUUUUUGGUUGAACCGGAUUUGAUUGUACCGGUUAUUGAAGAGAAGAACUUAUCAUCCUUAAGUUCUGUUACUGCAAUUAGACAACAGGAUUCAAAACAUGAACAACUAAGAGAUUCAAAUAUCGAAAUAUUAAAAAAAAACAUGCAUGAAAAAUUCAAUACAAGAAAAAAAUCCUUGACUAAAAUUGACGAUACCAAGGAUUUAAAAUUUGAAUCUGAACGGUCGGACUCAGGGAAAGCAUGUGACGAAUUUGAGAAUAUUGAAUUGCCCAAGUUAUGUAACAAUCCUUUGCGAAUUAAUGAGAGUAUAUUAAAGAAAGAGAGAAGGGAUUCCUUGAAAGAAGAAAAGGACAUUUAUGAUGAUAGCCAAAUCGAAUCAUUAACAAAAAAACUUCUCAUUUCAAAGAACAUAGGAUCAACAAAAACACGGAAAAAAAGUUUACCCGUGUUAGUAGAUUCACAUAAAUUAGUAAACGUUGAUCGAAAACUUCGAAGAGAUUUAGAUAACUUCGGUAAUAGUGCAGUGCAUCAUAUUAAGAACAUCAUAAGCAGUAACAAAACAAGCGAUAAACAGGAAUACAAUCUUGUUUCACUUAAUCAAAAGGGCUUUACACAAGAUACUCAAAGUGUGAAAAAUGAAUUGAUCAAUCCGAUUUCAGAUGCUCCUCCGUCAGUUUUAAUGUACCAUGAAUGCUUACUUCCAUCGCUAGAAUCAUUGAAAAUUGACGAUAUAGAACUGUUCGGUGAAGACAGUGGGCAACAAACAACUGAACAAUCAACUGAUAAUAGUAAUGCUAGAGAUACUUCUGUAAUUGACAAAGAUGGUUCAAAAUCUGAAUACUCUGAGAGCUCAAAUAUUAUUGCCAAAAAUCAGAAAAUGAAAGAAGAAAAAACAUCUAAUGAGGAAAAAGAAACAUCUGGGAUAGUUACUACACCAGAUUUGGAUAACUAUUACGACCCGGUAAAUAACGAUCAAAGGUACAAAAUGUUGGGGUAUACAGAUUGUUCUCAAACAGUUGUGCAAUUGAACGAUAAUAUAGAUAAAUGUGCUAUGGAUGACAAAAAUGACGAAAACUUUGAUGUGCAUCAACUAAAUCAGCUAAAGUUUGAUAUGCAGGAAGUUUUAUCGCGUGGAAAUAUAAUGUUGGCAAUGUGUUCUAGCUUGCGUGAAGUCUCAGAAUCUAUUGAUACCUAUCCGUCUAAUUCGAGUGAUUCUACUCGAAAAGAACAGUCAGAAAAUUUUAAUAAUCUAAAUGAAUGUGAUGCAAAUUAUUCUCUAUUUUCGGAAAAUGAGUUAGACUUAAAAAAACGAGCCACUUACGAAAAACAAGUCACGAGCCCAUUUCACCAUCCCUCUACGGAACAUGCAACACCUUUGGUAGGUUUGCUGUUUUCGGCAUCUGAGAAAAUAUCCGAUGAGGAUGUUACCGACAAUUUAAUAAAUAACGAUCAAGAUAAGGAAACUGGUCAUGAUGAUGUAGCUUUGACAAAAAAGAAAACUAAAACCAUGUAUACAUUCAUAGAGCCGGACGAUAAAGUACGACGUUGGCAUUACCCAAAUAACAGUCUAAGUAAUAAUAAAAGUACAUCUAUUAUUAUGACAACGAUGGGAGAUCCAGAAGUUGAUAGUGACGAUGAAGAUGAGAAGCGUGAUGAAGGAGAUGAUGGAUUAGAGCCAUUAAUAGCUUUUCAAAAAACUUCGUCAUAUUUAAUUUCUGAUACUACAAAUAUUGAAAACAAUAACUAUUCGACAUCCAGUGAAGGGUCGCUGUUGGGAAUACAAAAUGAAAUGUCUGUAUCAAUGGCAGCACUGCCUAUAGAAAAUGUACGAUGCGUUCAGGGUAAAGAAUUUCAAGAACCUGUUCAUGUAUCAGAUUCAGCAGAAUCCGUUAAUUAUAACAGAAUAAGAACAGAACCAACUGUCGCUCUCGAUGAUGAUUCCACCAUUGCUUCAUCACAGAGUUUAAUACCUAAUAGUAAUUCAAGCAGUAAUUUAGACACAAGCCUGAUAGCUUCUUCCAUCACAACCAAGACUACAAGUGAUGUACCAGCAGGGAGUGGUAAUGGAGGAAAUGGGAAGAAAAAAUCAAAAAAGAAGCGAAAAUAACUGCUGUUUGACCUAGUAAAGCUAUUGAUGUUUUCACUUCCAUCAUAAUGUGUUUUGUUAAAGCUAUGGUAAAUGUACGGUACCAUCUUAGUAAGUUUUAUUUAAUUUAUACUUAUUGUUUUAGUCACUCCUUUAAAAUCACAGUUUAAUCUAAUGAUAACACGUUAGCACUGCUAGUGAUUAAACCGAAUAAUGCGAUGCAAUUACAUUGAAAUCAAACGUAAAUUCUUGAAAAAAAAACUCUUAUGUUAAGAAGUUUGCGAAAUAAACUUUUUUUUUAAUACGUGAGUUUUUCUUACUCUAGUAUAUUUUUGUACGAGUGUUUUUUUGUAAAUUCAUCUAUUAAGUAUCUUUCAAAAUUUAAAAUUAUCUUGCUUCUUAUUAAAUUAGAUUUUCUCGUUUACACCUGGGUAUAUCUAAAUAGUUUUAACGAUAUCUGGCAUCACACGCUCACACGCACGUUUUAAUCUUAGUUAUGCAUCAUUGUAAAACACAUGUACAAUAAAAUAAUAAUUUUAUUCUUCUAGGCUAUAUUUUUAUUCUAUAUUCAGUUUUAAAAUGAACUAGCUUUGUUUAAAAAAAUGUUAGGUUGAGACAUACAGACAUGGCAUGUAAACCAUUAAGUUCAGCAAAUCGGAUAUACAUUUCAUUUAAAAUAGUCUAAACUACUCUGAAACUCUGUUUGAUUGUUUUAUAAGAACAUCUCUUUUUACUGAUGAUUGAAAUAUUCUAGGGAUACAUAAGCUAGCAUAAAACUGUGCUUCGGAUCCGUGAUUUCAAUAUUGUAAAAUAUGUGUUUGACGAGCCCAAAAUGAUUCUAUUACUAUAUUAUUAAUCUAUAAAAACGUAAGAAAAGGCAGUAAUCACUUCAAAGAAGCCAUUUUAGUUUUAUUGUUAAAUUUAUUAUACAUGACAUUUUUUUUCAUUCAGUUUCAGUUGAUCAACCGGAAUGUCACAAGUGACAAAAUACUAACAUUUUUUUCAAUAAAAACGUAAGCUUUUGUCAAUAUUUUGUAACAUAGAGCCGCUUAGAAAUAAAGUUGACAAAAAGUGAAAACAUUUAA